GGAGAACGUCGCGUCGUGGCACGGGCAGAAUCCGGAGGAUGCGAUCAUGCGCCGCAUUGAAAAGGCAAUCUCGACGGAAUUCGGGAAGCCGGUGUGCAGCUUCUGGUUUUUGCCUCGCUCGAUUCACAAGCAGUACCGCCAUUUGUCGUACGAUCGGCUAAAAGAGGACGAGGCACGAAAUAUUAAGGGUCAACAUCAAAAACCAACUACCGUCGAGCUGGGCUUCAAGUUUGAAACCAUGGCAUCGACGACAAUCCGUCUAACUGUCCCCGAGCACGACGAGCAUCGCUUUUCCUCGACCUUUGCAGGGAAAUUCGGUUUGCAAACCGGUGACUCCAUCGUUGGGCUGAUGAUCCCGCCAGGCUCCCAGCAGACCCCCGGCACACUCGAUCUCGCGGCUCCGUUCUCGAAGUUCCGACUUUUGACAAACGUGUCUCAGAUCAUCAACGCCGUCCAGAACAAGGGAAUUCCCUCGAGGACCGAAUUUUUGGUCAGGAAGGACCCGAAGCGCGCGGGAAAGAUGACGACAAGAUCCUUUGAUGAAAGCUCGAUCUUGUUCGAGCCAAGACGCCCGGAGCUGCGUUACGGUGUGGAGAAUGCUUUCCGGGGGAGAGACGAAGCUGCUGCCGUCUCCACUAAGGACGGCGAAACGCAAGCGGUAUUAACCUGGACGAGCUAUGUGUUCGAAAAACUUGAAACAGCGCCGCGCCGCCUCCGCGGCAUUCUUCCUGACCACGCGCUGCCGGACUCCGCGCACUGGCUCAGCAGCAGAGCCUUUCUCUUGCUGGUUUCCUUCUGGAAGCGGCGUGCGGUGCACAUCCGCAGCCGGUACUACCGAAGGAAUUCGGUUCGGGUUCUGGAGCGGGAGAUCGAGAAAGUUCGGGACCUGCUGAAGAUUUUUCGGCCGAAGUGCGUGCUCGUUUGGCAGUACUUUCACGAGGAAUACGAGCGGAGCGGCGAAGCUUGGGGAUCCUUCAGCGAGAACACGGCUCCCCGCGAGAAACACGAGCGCAAAGCGUACCUUGGGUUGAAAAAGCAGCACCGUGAGGGCGAACAGAUGAGGCAAAAGUUUCUGCUCAAGGAGGAAACGAGAAAGCGGCAGGAGCAGUUUGAGAAACAGAAAGAAGACGAGGAGCGGAAGAAGCGCUUUGCCAAAGCGCGGGCGAAGCUGAAGGGAACGGACAAGGUUGUCCAUCGCGAGUUCAACCAGAAAGAGGAGGAAAUCUACAUGUACGGUGGGUUGGACGGGUUCGGGGACAUGGAGAAGGCCCUAAAGAUGGUGAUGCUGGAGCGGAGCUACUUCUCGAAGGCGGAAGCCGCGGUGCUGCAGCAGAUCGGGGAUCGAAGAACGGACAUGGAGAAGGCGCUCGUGUUGACGACCGAAUUCGGGAAGGGCUUGGAAAAUCUGACAGACAUGCAACGGGCUUUUUUUGCGGCGAACCAAAAAGCGCAAAACAUCAAAGAAGUUGACAUGUACGAAGGGGAUCAUUUGGCCAGUUUCGUGGGGGGUGUCUCGUCGCCUUCCGCGAGCGAGGAGCAAGUGCAAGAUGAGGAUGUUCUUGACGCGACCUCUUCAGACUCAGAGGGCCUUGCAGGAGGACUUAACGACCUUGAUUCACCUCGUUCUUCUGGUCGUACAGGUGCGAGAGAAGUAGAUCUCGCUUCACCGGUUGUACCGGUUGCGUCUGCUCCGCAAACACCUUUGCGGAAUCCUCGUGAAGGUCCUCCUCUAAUCGCCACUCCUGCAGACAGGGCAGCUUCAUCCAACAACUCCAGCACAAGCAAAGACUCAAUCAUCUUCGGCGGCGUUACACCGCCUGCCAGUGCUGCGAGAAGCAGGCGAUCACGGUCGCUGGGUCGCUCGAGUGGAGGCUAUGUCGGCGCCGUCUCGCCAAUCAUCGCAGCUCAGGAAAAUGACUUUGCAAAAGGUACUAUGCUUCCUGAUGCGGAAGGUAAAAAUUGCGCCAACGCUGUUCAUCCUUCGAGGGGCGAGCCUAACCCUAACGCCAGCGAGAAGACGCAGCUUCGUCCUCAAUUUCUUUUCUUCGACGACACCACUGCUGACGCACAGAAUGCUCAGCAACCUGACGGACAGAUCCUCGCUACGGAGGCUGCCGGUACCAACGGAGUUGAUCAGCCUCAAGGUCCACCAAGCCCUACCGCAGAACCGAAUCCAGCAUCGCCACAGCAGCAACCUCCAGGCGAACACGCAGAGCAGCAGGCGGCGAACGGGGGCGCUACAGUUACAGACCACGACGGAGAGGUCGCGGCCCUUGAGCAGGAGGAGGCGGAGCAGAUCGAGCAGCAGGGCCAGAAGAAAACCAGACCGCCGAAGGAGUUGCCGGUGACGUGUGACAAGCAGCGACCGAACAUAGUCACGUCGAUCACCGUGCCGGCGCACAACGUGAUGCACCUGGACGGCAAUGGCGCGACGCUCCGCACCGCAAUUCCCGUACACAUUGACCUCGAGAGCGCGUUGGAGAAGCGGAUGCGAUUUGAGCUGGAAAAUUUGAGGGACCGACUGAAGAAGGGGCUCGACCGACACAAGAUGCGCUUAACGAAAGGGCCGCGGGAACGCAAGAUAAAUUGGAAUCUCCCGGACGAACCCGAGUCUUACAGCGAAAGCUCCGUCGACGAAGACUUCUUUGCGACAAAGCCGCCCUCUAGCGGCGCAAAAGACAAGGAAAAGAAGAAAAAGAAGUCCAGCUCAUCAGCCGACAAGGAGGACAAAAAAGCCAAGGACAAAGAGCGAGGUAGAAAAGAGCCGGUGAAAAAAGAGAAAGGCGACCAGUUGUUUCGGAAAGACAGUAAGGGCAAUACCGUGCCGGUCACGGACGCCGAGCACUUGGAGGACAAGGCGAACGUCUUCCGUCUUCGCGACGGCGUGUAUGUGGACCCGGGUGUGGAUAUUUUGAAUCCCAUGACCUUCUUCGACCGCCUGCCGUUUGCUCCCAACGACGACGAGGCGACGGACGACCUGGCGUUGCUGCACUCGUUCGGGAAAAGACUCUACAAGGACUUUUCGAAGGGGGAAGACACCAUGAACGCGUCCUUGCGGAAAUCGAAUAGAAUCAUGAAGGAGGAGAAAAAGCAACAGAAAAAGAUUCUUGAGCAGGACAAAAGGGGAGGAAAAAGCAAGGACGCCAGAGGUGGCUCGACAGAACCGGAUGUUGAUAAUUCAGCAGGUGAGUGAAUAGGCUAUAAAAAUUCCGUCGUCCUCGUUGAAGAUGUGGCAACCCGUGUCAUGGACAUGGUGUCAAGGUCAGCGGCGCUGGGUUCAUCCGACGCCGAACGAGCAGCCGGAAGUCAUGUUCCACCGUCGAAAAAGACUGUUCUGCAGCCGAGGCGACAGGCUUUCGUCAUGCGGCCACUGCUCCGCGGAAUGGCGUUGCUUCGUGCAGGCCAACCUGUACGCUCGCUCCGAGCAGGCGUCGCCGUGCGGCGGCCCUGCGUUUGCGGAAGCAGAGACGUCUGGGCAAGGGAGCGGUUAAGCAGCGCAGGAAGAAAAUAUGAGUGAGUCGACAUAUUAUGAAACUCAGAGUAAGGAGAAGGACCACGAGAAAGCUUAGGAAGCAGCACAGAACCUCCGCGUGAACGAUGCUGGACAGAUACGGCCUUAGAGUCCGUGAAAAGGAAUGGCAGCAAGAAUGCAGCAGGACGAGAUGCGACUGACCGAAGAGAGUGGGUUGUUUCAGUUGGUAUGGGCAUGGGACGCGUGCAGGUUGACCUUGCGUAAGUACGAAAAAGUGAGAAUCGAAGCAGAAGGGAUUCCGCUCGGAACAGAGUGAUGAUCGCCAAAGAAAGUAGCGGACGCACUACAUGUCUUUUUCUCCCCAAAUGGAAAAGAAAUGAAAAAACCCACGCAAGAUGAAAGCUGAUAAAGAAAGGAAUCAAUGCACAUUCGAGAUUCCUUGCUCAUGUUCUCCCCGAUCAGGAGGACAAGCUCGUCGCGCCGCCAUUCUCAUGAUUCAUCAUAAUCCGCAAG